AUGCCUCCUAAGGAUGAAAAGCUUGGUUGUCAAAGUUUAUCUCUUGAUAUACUCAGCAACCUUCCGGGAGAGAUAACUGACGCGAUUCUUAUACGAUUACCUUUACGAGAUGCGAUGAGGACAAGCAUCUUGUCAAACUUGAUAUAUUUCCUCUCUAGGAAUAACAUUCAGCAUCUUGUUCUUAGACUUUGGUCGGUUAACCGAUACAAAUUGCCUUCUUCACUUUUUAAAUGUGUGCAGUUGAGGCAUCUGACUCUCCAACAUUGUUUUAUAAUUCCUCCACCAUCUUUCAAAGGAUUUGAUAGGCUAAUUAGCCUUGAACUACGCAGCGUGACAGUUUCUGCCAAGUUGCUUGAAAGUUUAAUCUCUAAUUGCUCACUGCUCGAGCUAUUGGUGCUGGCACACUUAGAAUUUUCAGAUGUUAUUGAAAUUAAAGCUGCGAUGCUGAGAUAUUUUGAUUUCAGUGGCAGUAUAAGAUAUAUUUGCUUAAAAAAUAUGCCGCUGCUGGCAAAUAUUUCUCUUAUGGAUAGUGGGACUUCUGCGAAUAUAGGAAAAUGUAAUAUUGCCAAGUUCUUUGAGCCUUUCUCUGCUCUCGAGCAUCUCCACUUGAAUGGCAAUAGUCUCAAGUUCUUUGCCGCUGGUGGAGUACCUAUACAGCUUCCCUUUUAUCUCAACACCGACAAAAGUCUUAAUCUAUCUAGAAUUUAUCUGGAAGAAUGGGAUGUCACCUCAUGUACUCUUUGCCUGAUCAGAAGUUUCCCGUAUUUACAAUAUUUGGAAAGUGAGGUGUAUGUUUAUGAUGAGGAUAUUCCCGCUCUAGAAUGUCUUGAAGUGGAAGGUUUCUCAAGUGUGACAUUGUUGGAAGUUAAGUUAGAAGGUGAUCUAGCCACAAAGCCUGGGAUGCAGUUUAUCAAGCUUUUGUUAGCCAAGUCAACCGCGUUAUUGAGAAUGCUGAUUAAGCACUGGAUAAAUGAUGAUGAUCCCUUGCCAUUAUCCGAGGUUCUUCACAGAACAAACCAUAUGCUCAUCGUUGUAAAUGCAUUUCCGCGUGCAUCACCUAAAGCAGAAGUGAUCUUUGAUAUUCAGUAUCGUUCAGGUCGUGACAUCCUGAAAUAUAAGCAUGAUGAGGCAGGGUCUUACGAAUUACGAUCGCUCUCAAGUCUGAGCCGAAUCGAAUCGUAA